CGCUCGAGUCGCCCCGUGUCAGCCACGGGCCAGCCAUUUUGGUACGGUAAUAUGGCGUCGCCGCCGGAGAUUAAUAUGGCGUCCUCGGACAUAAUAACCGAAGUGGAGAUUCAACCGGAUAUCCAGGAGGUCGAGAUAGAGGCGAUACCAGUGGAGAUACCGUGCGAGACCGUGGAGACGACGAUCGAGGGCGAGGACGGGCAGCCGAUGAUAGCGCUGCAGCCGCUGCCGGAGCCGGGCCGCGAGGAAAUCAUACUGCAGACCCAGGAGGAGAUAGUCGGCGCGGAUCCGUUAAGCGUGUACGAUCAGAUCCCGGUGCCGGAGAACGACAUUUAUGUCGAGUCGAGUCCCGGGCCGUCCCGGAAGGCCACGAAGAAGGCGCGCAAAAGCGGUGGUACGCGAUUCCGCGCGUCCGAACACGCGAUCUUCGGCGAGAUGGCCACGGAGACCAAGGCUAGGAAGUGGGAGCAGAAGCAGGUGCAGAUCAAGACGCUCGAGGGCGAGUUCUCGGUAACGAUGUGGGCGUCCGGGACGGACGACGGUAGCGUACUAUUAGCGCCUGAUCUGAAUGUUCCAGAUGAAGGUUCGAAUCCAGAACCGGAUCCAGACUACACAGAAUACAUGACGGGCAAGAGCAACGCCAAGUUCAACUCGAACAGCUCGGUGUCCGAUGGGAUGCCGGGGUUGGAUCUCUCGGAUCCGAAGCAGCUGGCCGAAUUCGCACGACCCGGUCACAAGCUGAAGGUGCGCAAGCCACCGGUGAUGGACGGUGUGGAACGUACCAUCGCCUGUCCGCACAAAGGAUGCACGAAGAUGUUCCGGGACAACAGCGCGAUGCGCAAGCACUUGCACACGCACGGACCCCGGGUGCACGUGUGCGCGGAGUGCGGCAAGGCCUUCGUCGAAAGUUCCAAACUCAAGCGACACCAACUGGUGCACACGGGCGAGAAACCAUUUCAGUGCACGUUCGAAGGUUGCGGGAAGAGGUUCAGUCUCGACUUCAAUCUACGUACUCACGUGAGAAUUCAUACCGGCGACCGGCCCUACGUCUGCCCCUUCGACGGAUGCAGCAAAAAGUUUGCGCAAUCGACGAACCUCAAGUCGCAUAUACUAACUCACGCGAAGGCUAAGUCAAGGAACGCGAUUGGGAGACAAGUACAACAAAUUCAACUUCAGCAGCCUCAGUUUGUCCAAGUUGAAGUUGCAGAUGUGGACAAUCAACAGUUCAUUGUCUACGCUGAUUAGCCCCCUUAAAUAUUGAUCUCGUGUAUCCUUCGCUACUGAACACUAUUACUGAAAUAUCGUAAUCAUUAAUUAUUAAUCUAAACAGUGUAAAUAUUUUCAUGGAACGUGCAAGCAAUGUCACAGAUGACACAGGCAGUAGAGUACUGCCUCGAGAGAAUUAAUGAAAGGAUUGAUCGAUUGAUGGAAUAAUACCUCUGUGCUUAGAUACGAAUUAUUUGAAAAAUAUCUAGAGCACUUUAUAUAUAUAUAUCGCAAAAAGAAAAAACAAAAAUGGGCAAAUAAUGUUAAGUUACAUUACUUAAAAAAAGAAAGAAAGAAAAAAAAGAAAAAAAAAUAUAUAUAUAUAUAUAAUGUACCUUCUAAGGUAACGCAAGCUAGACUGUGACGCGCACUGCUCAAUCUCUUGUGAACAAGCGAAAUCGAGUGCGCUCGCAUUACACAUCUAAUACACAUACACAUAUAUACACAGACACUCGACUGUAUAUAUCUAUAAAUAUAUAUAAGUACAAUUAAAAUAUUGUAUACAGUAUAUUUUGGAGAAAUUCAGAUGAGAAUAAAUCACGAAGAUGCAUCUUUUUCCGUCGGACUCAAUUGUACCAUCUUAGUAAUACUUACGACUUUUACACUGUAUAAUGCUGAAACUUGUUGAUAAAAGUUAUUAAAGAAGAAAAAUGAAAAGAACGCGUGUGUAUAACGUGUAUUAAAAAAAAUCCGUAAAUAUCACGUAAUUUCUAACGAAUAAACAUUUGGUACUGUUUUUA